AAUCAUGACUUUCCUUCUAACCAGUAAGUAGCCGCCAAAACAAUUACAUAUAUAUAGAAAUUAUGGCAAAGUCAUGCAAAGGUAUUCAAUCAUCAAACUCAUUCAUGUACGCACUCCAAUCUUUCAAAAAAAAAAAAGAAAAAUCUGUACGUAACCAAUUUAUCAUAUUUCCUAAUGAGUCGGAACGAUGCAGUUGAUAAUUCAUCAUCGUCAUCGUCCCCAAGUCUUAGAAAUUGUAAAAGUAGGGAUCAAUCUAAAUAUAAGGGUAUAACGAAACGUAAAUGGGGUAAAUGGGUAUCGGAAAUUCGACUACCAAAAAGUCGAGAACGAAUUUGGUUAGGUUCUCAUGAUUCACCGAAGAAAGCAGCUAGAGCUUUUGAUGCUGCACUGUUUUGUCUACGCGGUAAAGGAGCUAAUUUCAAUUUCCCCGACAAUCCUCCUAAUAUUCAAGGUGUCAGCUCACAGAUGACUCGAGCUAAAAUUAAAGAAGUUGCUGCUAAGUACGCGAAUGAAGAAGAGGAAGACAAUGAAGAUGAAGAUAUAAAUCGAUUAGAAAACGAAACUACUGUUAACAAUAAUGGUAACAAUGGUAAUGUGGAUAAGGAACUCCUGGACUUGUUGUCGGUUUUGGGGGGUACGGGUGAUUAUACGUCAAGUACAGUUAAUAAUGAGUCGGAUUUCUGUGAUUAUUCCGGUGCUAAUGAUUUUCCAGGAGAUAUUUUGGCAUUGACAUCACCACAACGAGAAGUUUGUGGUGAUUACGAAGAUGAAAAUGAUGGUGAUAUUUUUUAUAACCACUCAUCUCUUUGGAAUUUUUAAAUUAGUCAGAUAAACUAACUCGACCAAGUUUUAGUGUGGCUAGUUUUAUGGGUAUUUCUGGUGCUUUUCUCUAGUUUAAGUUCCUAGUUGGCAUAGAAAAUUAUAUCAAAAUCAGAAUGGGAUUACACCCAUCUGGCUUGCUGAAGCAUAGGAAAUUAUAUUAAACUUAAAAGACGGGGUUAUACGUGGGAGUCAUAUUAUCUUUGAAGACGUUGUGGCUGCAUUUAAAAUUAUGGUCGAGCAGCCUUUUGGGACCAAGAAAUAUUGAGAUACGAACUUCACCAUUUUUAGAUUUUAAUUUCAACCGUUGAUCUUUGACGGUUGGUUUUCAAAAUGAUAGAUGAUCGUCGUAUAUAUUUUGAAAUAUGCUUUUUUUUGGUAAAAAAAUAUAUUUGUAUAAAAAAUAUAAGGUCAAUCUAUUAUGCCUGGGCAUUGGUUUUAA